AUGAAGUACAUUCCUCUGCCCGAGUUUGAGGAUAUCACAAGUUCCCUCACCUUCGAUACCGCGGACUGCAAUAUAACUGGAGGAUGCGAUCUCUACAUAACGAAGGCUGCUCGAGCCGAUCGCAAACUAUACAAGAACAUUGAACAGUCCCUCGAAGCACAAUAUGAAUCUGUCCUCCGUCUCUCCGCCUCUCUGUCUCCCCCUCACGCCUCUGAUGCCGCGUCUUCUCUCAACCUCUCCCGCUCCAGUCCGUUCGGUCCGCUUAGUGACCACGGGAGCCGCCGCACAUUUGCCUACCUGAUCGCAACUCUUAACGCCAGCCAUCCCGAUUAUGACUUUUCGCAUGUUCUGCGCCCAUCGGAUUUCCAUCGAGAGCGGAAUUUGAAGAAAGUCAUGAACACGAUCGACACCACUCUGUUCAACUUGCGCCCGCGUGAGAACAUGGAUCUGACGCCUCCAUCGCCAGCUACGUUAUCUGGUUCAUACAGUACUAGUGCCCCUUCUACUUGGGGGCCAAGGAUGUGGAGGAUUAUCGAUGAGCAUAUGUCGCUGAAGGAGUGCUCGAUUUACACGUACACCCCCGAGGAGGACCCAUCGGGCGCAGAUGACGGAGCGAUCUGGAGUCUCCACUACUUCUUCUUUAACCCGCUCCGGAAGCGCGUGUGUUAUCUCUAUUUCCGUGCCAUCCCUAUCUUGAGCCACACGCCCACCGACACUGAAGGCUUCGUUGCAACCCCAACGGGCAAACGCACAUUCGAGGAUGGUUACCUGACGCCAGACCUGAGUUCUAGCAAGCGGGCUCGCUACUGGUUAGGCGACGUUGCCGACAUGGUUGGGCACACAAGUGACAGUGAUUACGACCAGUAUGUCCUUAGCGAUGAGGAAUCCCGUUCAAGGUCCAGGAAGGGCGUUGUUCGGGCGAUGAGUGAGGAGAUUGCCGAUUCGAUGGAAGUCUGA